AUGGGGGAUGACAUCGACUGGCUGGACCUGCCGGGCAGGUGGACCUACGGCGUCCCGGACGCCCCCGGCGCUGCAGCUGGGGCUGGAGAAGGCGAAAUUCCCUGUGUGUCCGUGCCGGGAAGCUGGAGCUGGGCUGUGGCGCCGGUGCUCCACAAUGAAAGGCGGAACACGUUCCUGCACCCAGUGACGGGACAGGUCCCCGAGGACAGCUCCAGACUCGACUUGCACAACUCCCGCAAGGGCAUCGCCUUCGGGAAGCGCUCCAACUCCAUGAAGAGGAACCCCAACGCCGCCGUCACCAAGAGCGGGUGGCUCUACAAGCAGGCCAGCUCGGGGGUGAAGCAGUGGAACAAGCGCUGGUUUGUGCUGGUGGAUCGGUGCCUCUUCUACUACAAAGAUGAGAAGGAGGAGAACAUCCUGGGCAGCAUCCCCCUCCUCAGCUUCCGCGUGGCGGCCGUGCAGCCCUCGGACAACAUCAGCAGGAAGCACACGUUCAAGGCCGAGCACGCCGGCAUCCGCUUCUACUUCUUCAGCGCCGAGAACACGGAGGAGCAGGAAUCCUGGAUCCAAGCCAUGGGCGAGGCCGCCCGGGUGCAGAUCCCCCCGACCCAGAGGCACGAGAAGCCGGACUCGGAGAACAUCCCCCCCAGCAAACACCACCACCACCUGCACUGCAACAGCGCCCACCGCGAGCACCCCAAAGCCGACAUGACGCAGCUGCAGCAGUGGGUGAACUCCCGCCGUGGGAACGUGCCCCCCGAGGAGCUGCGCAGCCCCACCAGGUUUUACCCCGUGCCUCGCCGAGUGCCCGACUACUAUUCCCCCUACUCGCCGCAGUACCCCGAGGAGUACCAGUACUACCCCGCGGGGGUGCGCCCCGACAGCAUCUGCUCCAUGCCCGCCUUCGACCGCGUGAGCCCGCCCUGGGCGCUGGAGGACAAGCGCCACUCCUUCCGCAACGGGGGCACCUUCCAGCUGCGGGACUGGAAGGACCCGGCCGGGUUCGGCCGGCAGGACGUGCCGCUGUGGCUGCCGGCCCCCGGGAGGCAGCCACCCUACCUGGACGAGGUGGACGCGGCCUCGGGCUCCCUGCGGAGGAUGUCGCUGCAGCCGCGGUCCCGCUCGGUGCCGCGCUCGCCCAGCCAGGGCUCCUACAGCCGGCCGCGGGUGUACUCGCCCGUGCGCUCGCCCAGCGCCCACUUCGAGCGGCUCCCGCCCCGCGGCGACGAGAUCUACGCCGACCCCACGCCCUUCAUGAUGAGGCGGUCCAUCAGCUCGCCCAAGUACGACUACCUGGGUGACAGGCGGCCCGUCCCCCCCGGAGUGUAUCCGUACCACUUCCCGGCAUCCCCCACCAUCCACGACAAAAUGGAUGAACUUUUAGACCUUCAGUUGCAAAGAAACCUAGAGUAUUUGGACCAGCAGAUGAGCGAGAGCGAUGGUGGAGACCCUCCCUACCCCUAGGGCCAGCUCUACAUGCAAGUGACGCCCUUCCCGGAGGCCUACAGGGACACUCUGCAUCCCUACAAGAUAAGCGAGCAAGACACCGAUAAGCUGCUGGGGAAGCUCUGUGAGCAGAACAAGGUGCUGCGGGAGCAGGAGAGGCUGGUGCAGCAUGGGGAUGUUUCUGAGGAGAGCCUGGAGAGUGCCCUGAUGGGGACGCACCAGGAGCUGGAGAUGUUUGGGAGCCAACCUGCCUACCCAGAGAAGCUGCUGCACAAGAAGGAGUCGCUCCAGAACCAGCUCAUCAACAUCCGUGUGGAGCUGUCUCAGGCCAGCACGGCCUUGGCAAACAGCACCGCCGAGUACGAGAGCCUGGAGAGCGAGGUGUCCACCCUGCACGACGACCUGUGGGAGCAGCUGAACCUGGACAUCCAGAACGAAAUGCUCAACCGGCAGAUCCAGAAGGAGAUCUGGCGGAUCCAGGACGUGAUGGAGGGGCUGAGGAAGAACAACCCGUCCCGUGGCACCGACACUGCCAAGCACAGAGUGGCCCUGGGCCCCUCGGGGACGUACAGCUCCAACAGCCCUGCCAGCCCCCUGAGCUCUGCCAGCCUCACCAGCCCCCUCAGCCCCUUCUCCCUCAUCUCUGGCUCCCAGGGCUCGCCCACCAAGCCCGGACCUGGCGAGGAACCAGGCCCGCCUCGACCUCCCCUCCCCAAGUCCUACGUCCCCCUGGAGUCUCCUCCGGCCGUCCCUCCGCUGCCCAGCGAGAGCCGCCUCUGGCCGUACCCCACGUCCCCUUCCUGGCAGCACGGCGGGGCAGAGGCCAAGCGGGGACAGCCCAAACCAGGCUUCGAGCAGAGCAAGAAGGAGGUGCAGCGACCCAGCCCCCCCGGCCCCCCGGGCGAGGGGCUCCUGCAGGGCCGGCAGGAGCAGGAUGCAGAGAAGCAGGCGGCUCUCAACAAGGCUCAAGCCCUGGCUGCUGCCGGCGCCAUCAAGUUCCACGGGGCCACGUUUUAG